AUGAAGUCAUCGUCUAUCCCGGAACAGCUGACACCCGGGACGUUCAAUGACCCCGAGAACACAGAUUUCUUCACCAUAUUUGUUGUACUACGAUACAUUAGAGUUAAAAAAAAGAAAAUGUCUACCCAGUGGGACACUCUGCUAAGCGCCGCCUACGAGUGGAAUUGGUGUAGAUUAAUGUUCGUGUUUUAUAUCGUGGUUAUUAGCCUGGGCGGAACGGGGGUGAAUUUCAUGGCUUCUGUGAUUCCUCUGCCGGAUUUCUUCCUGCAGGCUUUCAAGUUCGGCAAAAUGGCACACGGGAGAGCCAACAGGUUCAUUUCCUUCUUUGAGAUUCCUAAGAGAUGGUUCUACCACUUCUACGUUCUUGCAAGUGUGGCAGUUACUGCAGCUCUAGUGCAAAUGGGACUUUUGUAUAUACAAGGAAGUGCCUUACCCACUUGGGAAAAAUCACUGUUUGAUAUACUUACAUCCCCAGAGAGAAAACCAGCAGUCACCAACACAGCUGCAGCAAUAGGACUGGUCUUACUAGCUCUCCAGAUAUAUCGGCGACUGUAUGAGAACCUCUUUGUUAGUAUUUUCAGCUCAGGCCACAUCAAUAUUCUCCAUUACAUUGUUGGUCAUACACAUUAUCUUGGUGCUGUGACUUUACUCUUAGCUGAGGCACCUGGCUUUGAUGGCCAAAGCUUUGAUGCUACAUUUACCAGUGUGGAGAUGCAUCAUGUUCUAGGUUGUAUAUUGAGUCUGGCUGGAUAUGUUCUUCAGUUCUCCAGUCUUAGUAUAUUGGCUUCAUUGAGAAAGAGUUCAGGAAAGAAUGCCAAAGAAAAGCACAUGAUGCCAAGAGGUGGGAUGUUUGAUCUGCUGUCUUGCCCACACAUGUUUGCAGAGGUCCUUGUAUAUGUAGGAAUCACACUUGUUCUGUGGAACCAUACAGAGUGGCUUUUCGUCACAACUUGGGUCAUUUGUAAUCAGGUCCAGGUUGCAGUGAUGAAUCACAGCUGGUAUCGGGAAACUUUUAAGGACUAUCCUCUAAAGAGAAAAGCUAUCUUUCCCUUUCUUUUGUGAGGGUUUGAAGUUUUAAUUAAUGAAGUGUGUGUGGGACAAAAAUGUAUAGUAUUUAUGUUAUAAUAUUGUUUUAUAAUGUUACUCUUAUUGAAGAGGUAUUUUAAUAUGAACAGUGUUAUUAUUUUAUUAUUACUCUUUUGUAGAGAUUUAUACAAAAAGGAGCAAAGAACAGUAAUAAGUGUAUUAAAUUUCUAAUUACUCAGUAAACUAGCUUUACUGUAACUAAAUGUUUAAAUUAUGGUUUCUGACAUAUAUAAUUGUGGCUGACAUUAACAUUUAACCCAUUUGCGACGGGUAAAAAUGAACAAAAAAUGGGAAAAAUGCUGUGCUCAUUUUUUAUACUUUUUGUGAAAUGUCUCUACACAUAGAUGGCUCUGCCUUACCUGAUUUCAUUUGGUAGAGAAAUGUAUUUUUUACUAGUUCUAUGAAUAUCAAUGGUUAUUUUAUUAUAAACAUAUAAUUACUAUAAUGUUAUAAACAUUAGUAACAGCAAAAUAAGAUAAUGUAAUUUUUUUUCGUAAAUUAAAGAAAAGGGUAAACAGGCAAGACAGGCAAUACAUGUACAAGUGUAGCCAUCUAUGUGUAAAGACAAUUAAACAAGUAAACUCACAGUGGGCAUGUCACGUAUAUGUGACACCUGGCACGAAUGGGUUAAAAAUGUUAAUUUAGUGUACAUUAUUUUCAUGGUACCAAAUAUUACUUUAAGAGAAAUAGAUAGAAACACAAAGACCCUGAUAAUAUUUUAGGCAGAUUGUUUGCCUUUUGCUGUUAAUGUGAUUUUGUGGGUGACACUCAAGCUCAAAAAAUACAAAUAAAAUUGUUAUCUUUA